AUGUUCAACCUUGAUUGGAACGACCUCCUCCCCUUGGCAUAUGUUGCCGUGCUGGGCGGCUCACUCAUGGCAUUCUCGACUAUCUACCGGAAACGCCAGGCCGCUGAGAGUGCCAACCUGGCCCCGUGGUUUGGCCCUCAUCUCCAACGCAACGUCUACCUGUCCCUGCUGCACCUCGAAGACGGCAGUGAAAAGAGCCCCAAGGUUCCCGAGAGUGUUCUCCGCGCUGCUUUGUUGCGCCGUGCCGUCGAGGAUAUCCGCCGUCUUAUCCAGGUCAAGUCAGCCAAGCAAGCCUGUGGUUCAUUGUUGGCAAAAGGCAGUGUAGGCGAUGAUCUGUGGCAGCGAUUCCAGCGCGCUGAGAAGGAGAUGGAGGAGGAGUUGAGAGAUGUCGUCACAGAGGCCAAUGCCCUUGCUCCCAACUGGGGCCAGUCCAUCUUCCAAUCCGCCCACGAGAUGACCGCCAAUGCUGCCAUGCGCAGUUCGAUCGAGGAGAUUCUUGCCCAAGCCGAUUCAGAGAAGCAGUGGUGGGAGAAGCGCCGAGGACAGAUCCAGACAGAGUUCAUGAAGGAGCUCGAUUCUGAGCAGAGCUCCUCCGCCAAGGCCACCAGCGAGGAGGAUGCUGUUUUGGUUGAGGACCCUUCAAACUAG